AUGACAUCAUCGUUUUCACGGAAGAGCUCAUCCCUACGCCCUAAUCCAGUCUUCAACGGGUUUACCCUCCGGAGUGAGCGCUUUGACGGGAUGAAGGAGUAAUCUCUCUCAGACAGCGGAUAUUUCAGCACACCUGUACAAGUCUCACUGAGAGAUGUUUGUUUCUGUUUCGUUUUGAUUCGAGCUUGAAGUGUCGGUGCUGAACGAACAUCAGUGAGUUUGACGUGUUUUCAUAUACAGGUAAGAUGUCAGACUUUGAGAAGAGGAAGAGAUCUUCAUCUCCAGAUCGCAGCUGUGUGUCUCUGAAGAGCAAUCAAUCUAUGGAUUAUCCUGUUAAAUUCAGUGAUGGACCAGUGACCUCUGACCCCAGUAUCUUCAGGAAGAGAUCUUCAUCUCCAGAUCCCAGCUGUGUGUCUCUGAAGAGCAAUCAAUCCAUGGGUCCUCCUGUUAAAUUCAGUGAUGGACCAGUGACCUCUGACCCCAGAGAUGAUCAGACUGGAGACCAGGAUUCUCCUCAAGCAGUAGAUGAUGAACUCCAGAGAGUCAAAGACCAGCUCAAGACCAGCAUGAAGAACAAGUAUGAGAGAUUAUUUGAGGGACUGAACCUCCAGGAGAAUGAAACCCUCCUAAACAGGAUCUACACACAGCUCUACAUCAUAGAGGGAGAGAGUGAAGGAGUGAAUGAACAACAUGAGGUUUUCCAGAUGGAGAUUACAGCCAGAACACAACACUCAGAAGACACUCCAAUCGACUGCAAUGACAUCUUUAAAGCCUCACCUGAACCAGGAUGUGAGGAGAAACACCAGAUCAAGACUGUUCUUACUAAAGGCAUCGCUGGAAUCGGAAAAACCGUCUCUGUGCAGAAGUUCAUUCUGGACUGGGCCGAGGGAAAAGCCAAUCAGGCUGUAGAUUUCAUGUUUGUGCUUCCGUUUCGAGAGCUGAACUUGAUCCGAGAUCAUCAGUACAGUCUUCACAGACUUCUGCUGGACUUUCAUCCUGAACUUCAAGAUCUGGACUCAAAGAUUUAUGAGGAGUGUAAAGUUGUGUUCAUCUUUGAUGGUCUGGAUGAAAGCAGAAUGAGAUUGAGGUUUUCAGAUGCUCAGAAAGUUUCUGAUGUGACUGAGACUUCAUCAGUGGGUGGGUUGAUGUCAAACCUCAUGACAGGAGAGCUGCUUCCCUCAGCUCUCAUCUGGAUCACCUCCAGACCAGCAGCAGCCAAUCAGAUCCCCUCCAAAUACAUCAACCGUCUGACAGAAAUUCAGGGAUUCAAUGAGCCUCAGAAGGAGGAAUAUUUCAGGAAGAGAAUCAGUGACGAGCAUCAAGCCAGCAGAAUCAUCUUACACAUCAGAAGAGCAAGAAGCCUCCACAUCAUGUGCCACAUACCCGUCUUCUGCUGGAUCUCAUCCACUGUGCUUCAGAAGCUCCUGGAAGAAGAUCUGAGUGCAGAAAUCCCUCAAACUCUGACUGAAAUGUACAUCCACUUCCUGCUGAUUCAGAUCAACAUGAGGAACCAGAAGUAUGAAAAGAGAAAACGAAAAAAACUCCUAAAGUCCAACAGAGAAGUGAUUGUGAAACUUGCUGAAGUGGCUUUCAAUCAGCUGAUGAAGGGCAAUGUGAUGUUCUAUGAGGAGGACCUGAGAGAGAGCGGCAUAGACGUCACUGACGCCUCGGUGUAUUCUGGGAUUUGCACUGAGAUCUUUAAGGAGGAAUCUGUGAUUCAUCAGAGGAAAGUCUACAGCUUCAUUCAUCUGAGCUUUCAGGAGUUUCUAGCUGCUUUCUAUCUGUUUUAUUCACAUGUGAUCAAGAACAAGAAACCACUGGAUGAAUUCGGAUUUUACAGAUCUGAUGAAGACUCUCUGUAUGCUCUACAAACAUCAGCAGUAGAUAAAGACUCUCUGUAUUCUCUACUAACAUCAGCAGUAGAUAAAGACUCUCUGUAUGAUCUACUAACAUCAGCAGUAGAUAAAGCAGUUGAGAGUCAGAAUGGACAGCUGGAUCUGUUCCUGCGGUUCCUGCUGGGCGUCUCACUGGAGUCCAAUCAGAUACUCUUACAGAAUCUACUGACACACACAGAGAACAGCUCAGAGAGCAUCAGGAGAACCACACAGUACAUUAAAGAGACGAUCAAAGAUGGAUAUCAUCUCUCUACUGAAAGAUCCAUCAAUCUGUUCCUCUGUCUGCUGGAAGUCAAAGAUCAGACUCUGUCCAGACAGAUUCAGGAGUUUGUGAAAUCAGACAAACACUCAGAGGAGUUUCUCUCUCCGUCUCACUGCUCAGCAAUCGCCUACAUGAUUCAGAUGUCAGAGGAGCCGCUGGAUGAGCUGAACCUCAUGAAAUACAACACAUCAGCUGAGGGGAGAAGAAGACUGAUACCAGCUGUGAUCAACUGCAGAAAAGCUCAAUUUUCUGGCUGUAAUCUCUCAGAUCAGCAUUGUGAAAUUGUGUCUUCAGUUCUACAAUCCUCAAACUCUGUCCUGAGAGAGCUGGAUCUGAGUAAAAAUGACCUACAGGACUCUGGUGUCAACUUCAUUUCUGAUGGACUGAAGAGUCCAAACUGUCAGCUGCAGAUCCUGAGACUUGCUGGCUGUAAUCUCACUGCUCAGCAUUGUGAAAUUGUGUCUUCAGCUCUACAAUGCUCAAACUCUGUCCUGAGAGAGCUGGAUCUGAGUAAAAAUGACCUACAGGACUCUGGUGUCAACUUCAUUUCUGAUGGACUGAAGAGUCCAAACUGUCAGCUGCAGAUCCUGACUCUUGCUGGCUGUAAUCUCUCAGAUCAGCAUUGUGAAACUGUGUCUUCAGCUCUACAAUCCUCAAACUCUGUCCUGAGAGAGCUGGAUCUGAGUAACAAUGACCUACAGGACUCUGGUGUCAACUUCAUUUCUGAUGGACUGAAGAGUCCAAACUGUCAGCUGCAGAUACUGAGGUUGUCUGGCUGUAUGGUGACAGAUGAAGGCUGUGGUUAUGUGUCUUCAGCUCUGAGUUCAAACCCCUCACACCUGAGAGACCUGGAUCUGAGCUACAAUCACCCAGGACAAUCAGGAGUGCAGCUGCUCAACCACAAACUGGAGGAUCCAAACUAUAAACUGCAGAUACUCAAUGUGGAUCAUGGAGGAGAGGUCAUGAUGACAGCAGGACUACGAAAGUACAUUUCAGAGACCAACUUUCAUCCAGAUAAUCCAGUGAUCCGGAAUCUUCUAAUGGACAGAAAUGGUUCUGGGAAAAGCUCAUCUGGAAACACUAUACCAGGGGCCAGUUGUUCAAAAAGUUUAAUCUGGAUCAGAAUGAUCUGGAUUUGGAAAUCCCAUGUUUUACCAUCCAGGAUCAGUUCAGUCAACAAAGCCCUGCCCACUGCAAUUCACUUAAUGAAGCUCCUCCCACAUCAGUUCUCCAAUAAAUGCUGGAAUAUUCCCAUCAGACGAGCACUGAAGCAUCAGGAAGAGCUGAAAACUGCAAAGAACAUGAGUGAUCCAGAACCCUGCAGAAUGAAACACACUGAAGAUACUGAAGAACAAAGAGGUUGGUGUUUAUUUUUCAUCCAUUCAUGAUGCUGAACAACAUUCAUGUUAGAAAGAUUCAAGCACUUCUGCACAUUUAGAGAAACAGUUGAACUAUGAAAUGAUACAUAAUGUUCAUUUUUAAUACUUUAAUACAAAAAAGUUUGAGAAAUCUUCAUAUUGAUUGUCAACAUCAGAUCAAACUAAAUAUUUAUUUUACGUGUGUUUCAUAUCUGGUUCACAAUUUGCAGGAGUGUUACCCAAAUAGAGGCAUUUUCAAUAUAGUUUUCAACAUUGAAAACUAUAUUGAAUAACACUGAUGAUAUUUGUCACUGAUGAUAUUUGUCAAAUUGCGCCACGAUAUCGACUAGGCAGAACAAUUCUCCCGACAACUAUAGAUAAAUUCACAAAUAAUCUGCCUGAUCUGUCUCAGCUGCUCAUCGUACCCAAACACGCAAAUGAUCUUGAGGAAAUGACUAGCAGUAUGUGCACCAUUUUUACUAGUACAUUAGAUACUGUUGCACCGAUGAGAUUAAAAAAGGUUAGAGAGAAAAAUACUGUACCAUGGUACAACAGUAUUACUCGCGCUAUGAAAAGAGAAACUCGUAAUCUAGAACGCAAAUGGAGACAAACUCGUUUAGAGGUCUUCAGAAUCGCAUGGAAAGACAGUUCGUCCCGCUAUAGAAAGACUCUAAAAACAGCCAGGGCCGAGCAUCUCCGCAAACUCAUAGAGAAUAACCAAAACAAUCCACGGUUCUUAUUUAGUACAGUGGCUAGAUUAACAAAUAAACAGAUAUCACCAGAACAAAAUGUUUCAUUACAGUUUAGUAGUGAUGACUUUAUGAAUUUCUUUAAUGAAAAAAUCGAAAGUAUCAGAAAUAAAAUUGUAAAUGUACAACCUUUGACAGAGUUUAAUGAUUCAGCUUUAAUUAUCGCCCCUCAAGAACAGUUGCAGUGCUUUACAACUAUAGGACAGGAAGAGCUACAUAAACUUAUCACUGCGUCUAAACCAACAACAUGUUUAUUAGAUCCAAUACCCACUAAACUACUGAAAGAGCUGU